CUGGUGGAAGAAGCCGCCUGUUGGUGCUGUUCUGGGGCAUGUGGCUCAGAGGAAUGGGGCCGUCUUCCUCUCUGACCCUGGCCCGUCGAUGAGAGAGAAAAAAAAAAAGAAAAAAAAAAAGGAAAAGCCCGACCGACCGAGCGGCAGCAGUAGGGCUGGGGAUGCACAACGGGGCAGGAGAAACACGGCUUUACAGGCGAUAUAUCAGGAAUGCUGAUGCCGCUAAACAUGGAGUAUCGCCUCGUUUGCGGAGUAAAGCGAGUGUCCGUUGCUGUGUCCUUUUCCUCCAUCAGCUUGGACCUGCUACCAGAACGAGCUGCUACUCUGAUGGUGUACGAAGAUGUUGUGGAGAUUGUUUCAGGCUUACAAGGUCUCAGGCAUCAGCCCAGUGUUCAUUUCCAGCGCAGAGCUCUGAGUCUUCCUUCCAACACAUCCUACGCCAACCUAACCGCUCUGCUCACAGUGGCCAGCACCCCCUCGCACAUCCAGCAUUUCCCCCACCUGCAGGUCCUUAGCGGCAACGGCACAGGGACUGAGAAGAAGUUUGAGUUGACUCCUGUUGCAGCCAUCUCUGUUCACUUAUUGGCCAGCGACGGAGUGGAGCUGCAGGUGAACGAGCCAAUCACGGUCUCCGUCCCCCUGCCGGCUGACAGUGGCCUGAAGGAAAAUGAUCACAUCCCUGCUUGGAGAUUUGACCCGCGCUUGGGUGCCUGGAUAAAGAGCAGCUGGGGUCAUGUGCAGAGGGAGGGGAACCAGCUCAGUCUGACCUACAUUGCUCCUCAGCUUGGAUAUUGGGUGGCCGCCAUGUCUCCACUACACUCAGGUCCAGUGUUUGCGAAGGACAUCAGCACGUACCACACCGUGUUUCUGCUGGCUAUACUGGGAGGAAUGGCCCUCAUCCUGCUCUGCCUGCUCUGCCUCCUGUUGUACUACUGCAGGCGUCGUUGUUUGAAGCCUCGAGUGUCUCACCGCAAGCUCACACUCUCCUCUGGUCUGGACAGCAGUAAGAGGGACCAAGCCACCUCCAUGUCCCACCUGAACCUCAUCCGCAACGAGCUGGAACUUGUUUCCACAGCGACUGAGCCCGACAUGACCACGCCAAUGCUGAAGCCUUUCUCAUACGAGCGCAAUCAAGACAAUCAACGUCAACACAACAUAAUCCAUCACAGCAAACACAGCCGCUCGUCUCUCGGCAACAACAGCCACCACGGCUCAUCUCUUGGCAAUCUUACGCCUCGCAGCAGAGACUACCGGCAGUCUGUGGAGACGUUCCAGUUAAAGGCGGCCCUUUCAGCCGGAACAGACAGGGGCUACCGUCAAUCAUACACCUCCGUCUGCUCAUCCAGCAACCUGAUUUCAGAUGCACUGUCGUCAGCCAAUCACGGUCAGGCGUCGGCUAACCAGCUGAGCAGCGUUGGUAUUGUUGACUGCGUCUCACCUUCCUCUCCUCCUCACUCCCCCAGCCGAGGGGAGGGGUGUGAGUGCAGAGCUACGGACUACCUUCUGUCCCGCUCUGUGGACCACCUGGAGCGUCCCAGUCUCCCGUCGCUUACUCGACCCGGUCAGCUGCUCUGCUGCGGCUCUGUGGACCUCCUGAGUGGAGGAGAAGGCUACCCGAGGGUGCGUCCCACUCUGGUGAUCCCAGCACACUACAUGCGCCUCCCUGGGGAGCACCCUCUGUCUGGUCAGGCCCUCCUGCUGCAGACUGACCAGCAGAGUGACCUGGAGACCAUCCAGGCCGAGCUCAAUGCCUCACAUUCCCAACAGCCACUGGGGCAAACCCCCACCGACUGCACCCCGGGUCCCACCAAGCAGGGUGACGGAGAGCAUCGAGGCCUGUCGGAGUCUUUGUCUAUCCCAGCAGCGCUUGGGGAAACGGGUCUAGUGGAAAUAAACAGUGAGGACACCUUGUUGGCUGAAAAGACUUUAAUGGAGCUACGAGGAGGGAAGCCUCUUCCUCACCCACGAGCCUGGUUUGUCUCACUUGAUGGACGCUCCAACGCUCAUAUUCGCCACUCCUACAUUGACCUCCAGCGGGCGGGGUGCCACGGCAACUCGCCAAGUGGAGGAGGUCAACCAGGUAAUAGCAGCGGUGGGAGGCGCGGCAACGGCAACGAUGCCAGUCUGGACUCUGGCGUGGACCUGAACGAGCCGAGAGCCGCCCGCAGGGGGAGAGACGGAGAGCGGGAGGAGAGGGAGAUUGAGAAAGACAGGUCGAAGGGCACAGCACCUGCCAUGGCCUACACUCAGCUGGUGUAUGUGGAUGAUCUGGAUGGAGGAGGCAGCGAGGAGGAGACGUCCAAGAGCAGCCCACAGGACAGUAAAACAGGAUCCAUCCUGUCAGACAAAGCGGAGGGGCAGAGCGGGGAUCAGGGGCAGGAGGCUGUGGAGGGGAAAAGAGUGGGAGGGGUACAAAUACAAGAGGAACCACCCUCACUUUCCUCGUCAUCCCCUGCUUCUCCUCCUCCCCUGCCAACACCAGAAGAAGAGACUUUCAGGACUGAUCAUGCGCUGCUGUCAGUCUCCCCUGUCGACGAUGCAGCACACGAGGAUGGAGAGGAGGAGAAGAAGAGUCCCUGGCAGAGGAGAGAGGAGCGACCUCUGCUGGCCUUCAACCUUAAAUGAUCAGACCACUUAAAGGACAGGCUCACAUUUUCUCAUCAUAGAAUAUGUCCAUAUGUACAUUAAAAGCGUUGUAAUUGUUCCUCUUGAACAUACUGGCUUUUCUUAAAGCGAUUUCAAUACAAGUGACGGGUCCUCGUUCUGUGCAAAAAUGAACUCUGAAGUUCAGCUGAAGGGAGAGAUGUGAAGCAAAGAUACUGUGGGAGGUAAAUUGCCACAAUUUGAGUCAAAAUCAUACUAACAGGCACAUAUUACAUAUAUUUUUAGAUUCACUGUCACCUACACUUCCUGAUAUCAUUAUCUCCAAUGAAUAAACGUUUCUGGUGAUGUCCUGUAUAAGGUUAACGCAGGUUAGAUACUGUGUAUUUUCCUGUACUGAUAUAGCACGGUGCUUCAUUUGAGUUGCAUAAAUGAGGAACUAUAAACCAAAUCUACACACAUUACAUGUAUGAGAGCACAAAGAGGGAGUUUUAUACUAAAAAGAGUAUAACUUGAGACACAUAUUAACUUCAGCUGAACUUUAUUAAAACAUUUCUACACAGAACGAGGCUUCUGGAUUUUCCCCUCCGUCUCUUACACUGAAAUCACUUGAGGAGGGAACUCUUUGCUGCUGGUAAAGACAGGAAGAAUAAUUUUGGUGGCCAAAACCGUUUCAUUGUACACACGGACAUGUCAGUUUUGUUUUGAGAUAGACUUGGAAAAUGUGAGCUUAUCCUUUAACGACGACUCCCCCUCUGCGCAGACCUUAACGUGAAGUAUAAGACCAUUUAAAAUGAAGCCCUUGUUUUUCUUAACAUAGCACUGAGAAAAUAUUUCAGCACUGGGAUCCCGUCUAGUCCCGAACAUGAAGGGAUGAUUCAGAUCCUUCAUGAACUUCCAGGUCCCCUUUAUGAAAUGACCACUGUUGUCCUCCACUUUGUCAUCCUCUCCACAGCCCACGUAAACAGACCACUCAUCGGGCGCGACGUACACAUGGCCUGAGGGAGACAAAUGGACUUUGGAGGCAAGAAAUUAGAAUAUUUUAUGCACAACAAAUAUAUGCCUUUUUUUUUUUAUAAAUAGCCUUGUAAGCAUAAAGGAACUGUAGUAGAAACAGAUGUUGGGUGGUUCUCACAAAUGAAAGACUACAGGAGCCUUUUUUCUCGAGCCAUAUUGGCCCUCGGUCCACUAACUAAAGACCCGGCGACAUUAAGACCCUAAUUUAGCAAUUCUGACAGAUUUUUCAGAUUGUGGAGCAUCUGUGCAAAAUACGUUCAGUGAUUCUACUCUUUUCACAGUGCGUUAGGGGUGAUUCUGGUGCAGAAAUGCGCUAAUACGACUUUUAAUUUCCUCACAAACAUGUAAAUCCUGUACUUUGAAUGGUUUUUAGAGUAUGUUGCCAGAAUUUAAUCUGGCCCGUCGGAAGGCUGUAUGGGUGUUUUUACAUGAUCUACGCAGGGGAGGAAGUUUUUGGACUGAAGAAGUUAAACCACUAUCCGCACUGCAACAUAAUCAGAUAAUGUGACACACCACUAUGCUGGUGGUUAAGAAUAUAAUACCACUACGAAACUGUAGUUCCACCCAAAAAUAAUUGUGAGGUGUGAUAUAUAUAUGAAGGGUUUUGUAAUUGUUGAACCACUGACUGGCAUAUUUUUUGCUCUGAAGGCUAUGCAUCACUUUUAUACGGCUGCUUGAGAUGCCUUUUUUUGUAAUUUUAAUCACUCCGAUUUUAAUUGCCAACAUGAAGUAUUUUACCCAAAAAUAGGCUAUUUUAUUUCUUCAAAUAUGUUAAGGGCUUUUCUUUUUCACCCGCCUUAUUGUUAGAGCUACAAAAACAAAUUCAUACUGCAGACGUUUUACCUGAAGCCAAACUAUCUUUGCAUGCUGUGUUUCACCUUUAUUUUAAUUUUAUUUUUUUUACCACUUCCUCAUGUUCCAAGUGCCUUUGAACAACCUGACUCUACAACAGAUUUGUGGAACAGAUUACCUUAUUUAUUUCUCACCUUCUUUUGCCUUCAGCCUUUCUCCUCUACCUCAGCCCUCUCUUUCUCUCCCACCUGUGACAGAAAGCAUGCAGUAAACUUUCCUCAGCACUAGCGUGUUACAAGCUACACUGCAGACAUCUCAGAAAAUGUAUACCAGCUGCUGCAAUCGUAAAAAAAAUCCUCUACAGUAAUCAGCAAGACACCAAUCACUCUUAGCAUUUAAGGAUUUACAGACGUUUUCAGUGCAGCAUGGGAUAGAUAAAGCUAAGUGCGAUUGUAUGUGAAGCUAAACUGCAGGUCAUUUCAGUUCGUUUUCUUAUUUUUGUGUUUUCAGAGGGUGAAUGUUUGUCUCGAAUGUGUUCGUGUGCACCUUGGGUGGUGGUAGUGUUUAUCUGCUGCUGGCUGUGAGUUUGUGUUGUCACACUGUGUGUUCGUGCGAGAGCGCUGAGAAAUAAUCAACAUACAUUCAUUCGAGGUUCAUAUAGUCAUAGCAAUCAUAUUACAGAGUGUGUAUAUUUCUUUCCUGUCCUCUACCUGGUCAAAAUGAUGUGUGAGUUGGUGUUGUGAAUGGCCUCUUCUCUCUUAGUAUCCCACAGCAACCUCCAGUUCUAGCGUGGAGUUGCAAUACAGCACCCUGAGUGUGUAACUUGGUUGCUUGCAUUAUAUUUGAAGCCUAUUAUUCUGAAUAAACAGCCAAACUGGA